CAUCUCUUCCUGCACGAGCAGCUCAGGUCACCCAGCACAGCACCAUGUGCUCCCGCCAGGACAAGGACCAGUGCCACCGGCAGCAGCGCCAGAGCAGCGGCGGCUGCCACAGCUCGGGGGGUGGCGGCUGCCACAGCUCCGGGGGCAGCUCCGGGGGCUGCCACAGCUCUGGUGGCAGCUCCGGCGGCUGCCACAGCUCGGGAGGUGGCGGCUGCCACAGCUCGGGAGGUGGCGGCUGCCACAGCUCCGGUGGUGGCGGCUGCCACAGCUCCGGUGGUGGCGGCUGCCACAGCUCCGGUGGUGGCGGCUGCCACGGGAAGCCGCAGAUGCAGGGCCAGCAGCAGCAGCAGCAGCAGCAGCAGGUGCUGCAGAUGCCCCAGCAGAAGAUGAAGUGA